UGCGUCAUCUUCUUCGAUACACCGACCAACUCUGCUCCCUCACUCAUUUCUCUCUUCUGCUCAAAUCUCUGCAUUUUCAUUUGCUUCCCAUGGCUACAACCUCUCCAUCCAGAUGUCUACCUCACAAAGAAAUUUAAAAGACGGAUUGAGGAUGAUGGGAUAUUUUGUUCCUGUAGCCCUACAUCAGGAUCUCCAGGUGUCUGCGAUAGAGAUUGCCAUUGUGGAAUGCUGUUGUCUAGCUGUUCUUCAGGCUGCAAGUGUGGGAUUUCAUGUCUCAACAAACCAUUUCAGCACCGGCCUGUGAAGAAGAUGAAACUGGUUGAGACUGAGAAAUGCGGUUCUGGGAUUGUAGCUGAUGAAGAUAUCAAACAUGGAGAGUUUGUAAUAGAAUAUGUAGGCGAAGUAAUUGAUGACAAAACAUGUGAAGAAAGGCUAUGGAACAUGAAGCAUCGUGGAGAGACAAACUUCUAUCUAUGCGAGAUCAAUCGAGAUAUGGUAAUUGAUGCCACAUACAAGGGAAAUAAGUCGAGAUAUAUAAAUCAUAGUUGUUGUCCCAAUACAGAGAUGCAAAAAUGGAUUAUAGACGGAGAGACGAGAAUUGGCAUAUUUGCGACUCAAGACAUACAGAAGGGCGAGCAUCUAACUUAUGAUUAUCAGUUUGUUCAGUUUGGUGCCGAUCAAGAUUGUCAUUGUGGUGCUGUUGGCUGCAGAAGAAAGCUGGGUGUAAGACCUACGAAGCCAAAGAUAUCUUCGGACGCUGCGUUGAAACUUGUAGCUUGCCAGGUGGCUGUAUCUUCACCUAAGCUGAAAGCAAUCUUGUCUGGAAGAGAUGUUAUCAAAAAUGGAACUUUGCAUGUAGGAAGUUCAAAGCAGGCACGCAACCAGCAAGUGGUGCACGCCUAUAAUUGCAUUGGUGAGGUCAUUUGGAUUGCUCGCCCCAUCAGUGGAAGGUCUUUUGGUAUUAUAAAGAGAUUUGAUCGAUAUUCCAGAAAACAUUCCAUCAUGUUUGAAGACGGCAAUGUAGAAUUUCUUGACAUGUCAAAAGAGGAUUGGGAAUUCGCAAGGCUGUGAUAAGAGUUGUAGAGGGUAUGCAGAGUGCAGCAUUAACGUGAGAAUCAGCAACAUGAAUACACAUUCACUUACUUACCUUUUGGGAAACUAAGCGAGGAAGGGCAGAAGGGUUCCUCUCUCAGGCUAUUGUAGUAAGCAAAACUUCUUCUGAUGAUGCUGGACUCUUAAUUGAAACCCGAAAUCUGAACAAAGUAGAAAGGAAAAGGGUAAAGAAAAAAGAUGAUGAUUGUGAUAUUGUAUUGUUGGUGAGAAUGUUGUAUGAUAUGUAAUACUGUUCUUUUACAUUAGAAAAAAGAAUAAGGACUCGCCCAAAUCGACUUCGUUAGGUUAGUAUAGUUUCGGGAUCAGCGUGGGAAUUAUUUUUGAACCGUCUUCUAUUCCUCAUCAUACCAACUGUUGUAAAGUGUAUUGAUUGUAUCUCUCUCCCUCUGCCUGUUAAUGUCACUCAGUGGCAUUGCUUAUUAAUCCAUUCAUAACACAUUUACUACC